GCCUGAACACUUGCCACCGCAAAACCCGAGGCGUGACAUGAGAGCGUGAGCCGUGAGGUCCUUUGGCUCCUCUUCCGCGCCAGAACCAAUGCAGUCUCCAUGUCUGGCAAGCUCUCCGCAGCCGCCGUGGCGCCGUGGAAGCGACUCUGCAAGCUCGUCUCCGACGGGCGCUACCAGGAAGCCCUCCUUGCUUACUCUCGAGCCCACGCCUCCGACCUCCGUCCGGACGCCUUCACCUUCCCCUGCCUCCUCAAAUCCUGCGCCGCUCUUCAGGAUGCCUCCGCCGCGCUCCAGCUCCACGGCAACCUCGUCAAGUCGGGCUUCUUCUCCUGCCCCUACACGGCCACGGCUCUGACGAGUGCAUAUGCCAGGCUCCUCCGACUGACGGACGCACGCAAGGUGUUCGAUGAAAUGCCGGAACGAACUGUGCCCUGCUUCAAUGCCCUCAUCGCGGGGCUUUCGCAGUGUGGGAAGGUCGACGAAGCGAGGGAUGUACUUAGUCUCCUCAGGAAAGAGGGGAUAUUGCCGGACUCUGUCACGGUGGCAAGUGUGCUGCCUGCUUGUGGGGUGGUUGAGCAAGCGAAACAACUGCAUGGGCUCGUUGUGAAGACCGGGGACAGUUUGGAUCGCUACGUUGUGACAACACUCAUCACAAAGUAUUUGGAUUAUGGGGAUUUGGAGACUGCAAGGAGGAUUUUUGAAUUAGUGGUUCAUAAGGGUGUUGAGAGUUACAAUGCGAUGGCUUCUGGAUUGUCGAGGAAUAAUGAACAUUUCAUAGCUCUGGAUACUAUUAGGGAAAUGGGACUUGGGUCCAGUGAAAAACCUAAUGACACUACUUUGCUGGUAGUUCUCUCAGCAUGCACAAGUGCAUUGGCAUCAUCACUUGGUAAAGAAGCCCAUUGCUAUGUUUUGAAGCAUGCAAUUGAUUGCAAUGUCAAGAUCAAGACUGCACUCAUUGACAUGUACUCAAAAUGUGGUUAUCUGGAGUGUGCUUACCAGGUUUUCUCUAACACGGAGGAGCGGAACUUGGUGACCUGGAAUACAAUGAUCUCAGGUUUUUUGAUACAUGAUAAGCUUGCAAAUGCAUUAGGGUUGUUCGAACAGCUAAGAUUAGAAGGGUUCAACCCUGAUAGAAUUACAUGGAAUCUGAUGAUUAAUGGGCUUGCACAUCAUCAGAAGUUUUUCGAGGUCUUCUCAUUUUUCCGUAAGAUGCGAUUGGAGCAAGUAUCAGGUGUAAAUCUAGAAACCAUUACAAGUAUGUUGAGUGCUUGUUCGGCCAUGUCAGAUAUCCAGCAUGGGAAGGAGAUAUAUUGCCAUGUUAUUCGAACAAUGCAAGACUUUGAGGAUGAUGUUUUCCAGACAACAGUGAUUGACAUGUUUAUGAGCUGUGGCUGUGACAGGUAUGCUGGUAGAGUAUUUGGGAAAGAGAUGAGGAAAUCGAAUGAUCCAGCUUUGUGGAAUGCAAUGAUUUCUGGUUAUGGAAAGUGUGGAAAAAACUGUUUAGCAUUGCAAACUUUUAAUGAGAUGCUUAAGCAGCAAGUGCAGCCCAACUCAGCUACCUUUCUUUGUGCUCUUUCAGCCUGUAGUCAUGCUGGCUUAGUUCAAAAGGCAAUGCAGCUGUACCAAUUGAUGGGGAGCACCUACAGUGUCGACCCUACUAUUGAACACUUGAGUGUCAUUCUUGAUCUUUUCUGCCGUGCUGGAAAGCUACCUGAAGCUUAUGAUCUGUUACUGAAAUAUGCUAAUCCACCAGCUUCAAUGUGGUAUUCUUUUCUUGGUGCAUGUAGAAACUAUUGUAAUGCGGAACUUGGUGAAAUAGCAGCAACAAAGCUCUAUGAUUUGGACCCCGGGAGCACAACUCCAUGGGUAAUUCUAUCCAACAUAUAUGCUGAACAAUAUCGAUGGAGCGAAGUAGAGACAUUGCGGAAAAUGAUGUCAGACAGGUGCCUCAUCAAAAUUCCUGCAUGCAGUGAACUUGUAUGAAAAUGUAUUUCAUGCUUGCCUGGUCGGGAUGGAAACGAACUGUCUAGUUACCAUCUAGAAGGCUGGAUAGGAGAUAGAAAGGAGUUGUGGAGAUAGAAGCCUGCAACAUAAAUAUAUCAUUUAUGCCAUGAGGAUGGCUAGCACUAGAAAUUCCUCCACAGGUUUCAGUGGCUCGAUGAUGGUGCUUCACUGGAGAGAUUACUGUGAACCUUAUCUCUUAUUGCUAGCAAAUCUUUCAGAACAUCUCCGAUUGGCGGGCGAUCAAUUGGACUCUCCUCUGAACAGGAGAUUCCGAUGCGCAAAAUUGAAGUGAUGCAAGCAAUUAUCAGAUCUCGGCUGUUGUUAGAACUGGAUUUGCCUCGUCCAUGGUCGUCCAUCUCUGCUAGUAACCACUGGUCGAUGACAUUAGCCUCCUUGUCUGCUACCGCCAUCUAAACAUACUUGCGGAGGCCAACAACUUCUUCAAAAUCACUGUCUGUUGGUCUUUUUUGAGUGAACAUUUCCAGCAGCAAUAUGACAUAGCUAUAGACAUCACCUUGGACUGAGACCUUGUUGCCAAGUCCAUACUCUAAAGUCAACAGAAGGAGUAGUGAAAAAAAAGAGAACUGACUCAGCAAGUUACAUAUACUUAUUUAAUGGUUUGUAUAGAGGAAAUUUCGAAAGCACUACAUUUUACUCCUGCA